AUGGGCGAAUUUUAUAGAAUUGUGUUGGCAGCUUUUGUUGUAGUGGUAAUCCUACCACAUCACGAGUGCAAUCCGUUUUUCUAUUAUCGCAGACCAGUUCUUUCAACAUCAUCCAGUGGAGCAACGUCGGUAUCUUCUAUUCCAUCGCCAGCUCAACAAUCUAACGUGACGGUUGCAUUGGGAAAUCGUAUCAAUACCGAUACCGGUUUGGACGACUAUGGUACUAAUAUCGAUGGACUAACAGUCAAUGUCGUUCGACGUCGACGUCGUCGCGACAUUUGGGAUCUUUCUUCGAUCCUCGGGCCCAACGCUCCGAACGGAUCAUACAUUGCGAUCAACAAUCAGAUUUUCCCAUUGCCGGACAACUUAUCGAAUGUGUCACUAAACGUGUCAUCUCUAUCAAAUUCUCACGAGAUUCUCAACAUAUCCCAAUCUUUGACCGAUUCAUUACUUCCCGCAAUACCGGAGAACUACACUAACGCUUUCCAUACGCUGGUGACUGGGUUUGAGACACUACCACUGGAUUUCAUGGACAACAUCGUUCGUUUGCUUUCCAGCGGCUAUCAGAACACGUUCCGACAGCUUUUUCUCGAACGAAGCUUUACACGGCUCAAUCAAACGCUUAAUCGCAGCUGCAGGGCAGUACGGUACACACUCGACACUCUUGCCAAUCAAACUGAACAAGGACUCGAGCAGCUAAGCGCCACAUUCAACGGUGCGUCAUCAGCGGUUCAACGGUGUGUCGGAACCAACCUAAACCCAACAAAUGCUGCCAGAUAUAUUGCGGACAAGGGCUUCAACUGCAUCAAUCCUAAGUGGCAAGAGCUGAAAGAGUUGGCAGGAAACAUUGCCGAAGACGUUGUGGCCGCGGAUGAAGGUGCAUCCGAAUUUCUGGCUAAUCUAACUGCCUGCAAUGGAUCUAACUAUAACGGCUCGGAUCUGUCGACAGCACAACAAACCACACUGCGUCGUCAGUGCUACGUGCGAACGAUUGGCUCCUUCCCGCAACCACUGCUCUUCUUGCCUAUCUCGCUGGCAAUUGAUGGGGCAAAGCUGAAUGCUACCGUAGCCAGCUUCGAAACAGAGUUGGGAGCGUGUGCUGCUGACGCUGGUCUCGAGAUCGGUAUGCAGGCGGCACAGAUUGGAACACAAAUUGUACUGUGCCAACUAUUUAAUUCAUAA